AUGCGUUGCUCUCUUUCCACGGCCCUCCUGGGCCUGUUUGCUAGCUGGACGAUUGCAGCGCCCACUGUUAUCCUGGAAGAGGCAAAAGGUAUACCACCAGGCUGGAGCUUCCACCACAACGCCAGCGCCUCGGACAAGAUCACUCUCUUUGUCGCCCUCAAAGAGCCCGGCAUCAGCGAGCUCAAGGCCAGACUUCAUCACCGCCACCCUUCUGGUAGCCACCUGAGCCGAGACCAAGUCCACCAGCUGCGCCAGCCCGCCCAGGCCGCAACCGACGCCGUGUCCAGCUGGCUCAAGUCAAACGGAAUCCGCGACCUCCACAACCAAGGCAGUCUCAUCAGCUUCGAGGCCUCAGCGCGGACAGUCAAGUCCCUUUUCCAAGCCGACCUCGCGUACUACGCCUACAAAUAUGGCGAUGCCGAUCCCCUCCUGCGGGCGCUCUCCUACACAAUUCCCGCCUGGAUGCGCGACUACAUCGACUUUCCGACCAAACUAUCCCCCUCGCCAGCAAGCACCACAACCAGCCGCAAGCCCGUCGACAUCCCAACCACCUCCGCCUCCCCGGAUCCGGAACCCAUGUACCCCUGUUUCCCCGUAACCCUACCCGACUGCAUCCGCAAGCUUUACAACAUCACCUACACCCCGUCUGCCCCAAGCCCCGUACGCUUUGGCGUAGCCGGCUUUCUAGAGCAAUGGAUCCUGUACUCGGACGUCGACCAGUUCAUGUCCAUCUACGCCCCGCACCUCGCCUCCCUUUCCCCACCGUACAACUUCUCCGUGGAACUCUUCAACAACGGGAUCAACCCGCAGGACUCGCUCCGCAACGCGGGCAUGGAAGCCUCCCUCGACGUGCAGUACGCCAUGGCGUUGGGUUAUCCAACUAACGUGGUCUACUACGUGACUGGUGGGAGGGGGACGAAACUCGAUGCCACGUCCGGUGAGCCGCUGCCGGUGGAACGGAGUGAUAACGAGCCGUUUUUGGAAUUCUUGACGGCCUUACUAGCCAAGCCCGAUGCUGAAUUGCCCCAUGUACUAAGCAUUAGCUACGCGGACGACGAAAUCGGGGUGCCCCGCCCUUACGCGCUGCGGGUGUGUGACAUGUUCGCGGCGCUGACGGCGCGGGGGGUUUCCGUGCUUGCAGCGACGGGGGACGGCGGCGCGGCUGGGACGGGGCAGACCCGUUGCGUGUCGAAUGAUGGUAGCCAGAGGAAGAUGUUCAUGCCCACCUUCCCCGCGAGUUGUCCGUACGUGACGAGCGUGGGCGCGACGGAUAAUGUGGCGCCGCCCGUUACGGGA